GGCAGAGGCCUGACAACACAGGGCGGAAAGAGCAUCCAUUAACACUAAUGAGGCAGGCGGCCUGAAAGCUUUUUACUCUGAAGCUGCUUGCCCACCAACGGAACAGUGCGUUCUACUUUCUUGGUUUCCAGGAACCUGAGGUGUAGAAGGAGCUGGGGGCCAGGAGUAGGGGUGGGGGUCUUAGGGGAGCCAGAAGAGAAAAGAGAGGGGAAGCAGGACAAGGGAUACAACCAGGAGAACUUAUUUUUGACUGGGUGAGCAUCUUCCCCACUCCUCUUUCUCCAAAGAAAUCCUACAACAGUCACUGACCCACCACCCCCUUCAAUGUCCUUGACCCAAGUUCCUGGAAACAAAGAAAACAACAUCCCACAUAGCGCCUGAAUGAGCAUCUCCGGAGCAAGAAAUUAAAUUAAGCUCUCAGGGCCGCUUGCCUUGUUAUUGCUAAUGGCUCCAUCCUGGUCCACACUCUGAGUUUGGGUCCUGAGUUUGGGAAAUUUAGGGGCCCUACAACCCAAACUCUAAUUGGCUGCUUGAGUCCUCGUUGCAGAUUGGAGAUAAGCAGCCCUCUAGUAGAGCACCCAAAGGUUCAGGCUCCAGGGAAUGAGGCCUGAACUGUGCCCCCACCGUCCAGGGAGGGCCCCCAUGUAUGACUGCAGGGAGCAAUCACGUGUGGGUCUCUCAUUAGACCCUACCAUAUAAGUGGGGGCACAGGUGGCCAGCACUCUCUAGGCAAGGACCAGCAAGCAGAGGUAAGUCCUUGGGUUGGGCAGGGACUCCUACUCUGGGUGGGGGGCACUCUCUUUGGGCACCUAGAGGGUACUGCAAGGAUGAGGAGGGCCUAAAUGGUGGGUUUUCCUGCUGAACCAGGCCAUGCUGACUACAAUGCUGCUGAGUUGUGCCUUACUGCUGGCAUUGCCUGCAACACAGGGGGCCCAGAUGGGCUUGCCCCCCUUGGAGGGCAUCAGAAGGCCUGACCAGGUCCUGUUGCCAGAGUUCCCAGGCCUAGGCCUGCAUGUUUCGCUGAAGAGGACAACUGCAGAACAAGCAGAAGAGGCUCUGCUGCAGAAGGCAGAAGCUUUGGCAGAGGUGCUAGACCCGCAGAACCGCGAGCCCCGCACCCUACGCCGCUGUGUAAGGCUGCACGAGUCCUGCCUGGGGCAGCAGGUACCGUGCUGCGACCCGUGUGCCACCUGCUACUGCCGCUUCUUCAACGCUUUCUGCUACUGCCGCAAGCUGGGUACUGGUACGAACCCCUGCAGCCGCACCUAACCGGCCGACAUCUGGACAGAAACGGGGGACACGA